CCCGCCUCUUUCCCAAUCACCACGACAACCUCCCGUCAUCACCGACAAGCCCUCGCGUUUUUGCUUGCUCGAGGCCGUCGCGGCCAGCCCUUUUGCUCCGUGCAGAGACGACGCCACGACUGCCGGGCGCUCUGCGGUGAGACGCCUCUGAUUUUUUUCCCCUUCGUCUCCCGCGAGCAGCGAUCCCCGUGUCUCCCUUGCUUUGAAGCCUCCGGCCGCAACCGUCUAGGCUGCCUUGCGCGGACCCACAGGCGGCAAGCGUUCACGAUCACGGCCCAGCAAACUCGCAAGACGCCCGCCUUUUCUCUUCCUUCCACGUCCAGGAGGAGCCAUUCAGCCGUCGUGUGAGCUGCUGCACCGGCUCUUGGACAUUGCGGAAGCCUCAGCGGCUGUGAAGCCCAGUCGACAGCCUGGAGCGACAGACUUCCUUUCUGGCACGACGAUCCCUCGACCGACUUCGACUUUGACGACGAAACCUCGCCGACACGUCGACAACGCUUAUUGACGCCUGCCUUUUUCUGCGAAAAGUCGGGUACGCACACCUGCUGAAUCGCGAGCCGUAAUCGACCACGGAAGUCUGCUCCGCAUCGACGGAUCCCAUGGCAGUCUCACGCAGCUAAGCGCUCCAUCCAUCAGCUCGGAACACCGCUCGCCCGGCUGGCCCUGCCCUUCCCAGCAUGGCGCCCAACCCGGCCGCCGUUGGCGGCCUCCUCCGCCAGGUAAUACACUACCACCUGGACAAUGCCGGCUACGACAACGCCCUCUUCUUCGCCGAGCGACUCGCCGUUCAAGAUCCAAAGUCCAGCGAGGCAACAUAUCUCUACGCCCUGUGCCAUCUGCGGGUGGGCGACUACCAUUCCGCUUACGACGUCGGUAAGCCCCUGGGCUACCGCGGCCUGAACCUCAACUGUGCUUGGGUCUUUGCUCAAGCUUGCCUGGCGCUCGAGCGAUACAAAGACGGCAUAGUGGCGCUGGAGAAGUCGCGGGGGCUGUGGUCGCAAAAAUGCAGCGUCGGCAAGCACUCCUCGACGGCCCGGACAGGGGCGCCUGAUAUACCGGCGGUGCUGAACCUGUUGGGCAAGCUACAUCGCGGCUACGGCGACAAGAAGAAGGCCGUCAGCUGCUUCGAGGAGGCACUGAAAAAGAAUCCCUUCAUGUGGGAUGCUUUCACGGCAUUAUGCGACAUGGGAAUCAAUGUCCGCGUGCCGAACAUCUUCAAGGCCAACGACACCCUACUACACAGCUUCGAACUGGACGGAGGCGCCGCGGAGGGCAGGGAACACGUCGCCUCAAAUUACCAGGACCCCGUAUCAAAACGAUCCGUGAUGCGAAACGCUGCAUCGGACAUGGUCGAUCCUUUCCAUGUAAACUUUGCGAACGUGGAGUCGCACAGCCCCACGGUCGACAUGUUCACGGAACCGGGCGAAGACUUCAUGUCCAAGAUCCAGAACGCCAGGCUGAGGCUCGGAGUGUCGUCCAACAGCCAACCCACUAUUGAUGGAAUGGAGACACCUGCGGGACCGUCAUCGACUGACGUCUCUACGUCUCGCUCUGGGUAUUCGCAAGAACCGCCACAAGCACCGGCCCGGCGAACACGCAAUGCUCAGGGAAUCGACACUAACAUGGAAGCUCCACCGCGGAUGAACUAUCGGCUCGGCACGGCGAAGCGAGGCGUUCGGACACAAGACAGGGGCCAGGAACCGGCCGUGGAGCUCAUGUCGGACGCUCCUAACGUGCCAACGACUGCCAUGCGCUCCGGUGCCGUGAACACAGCCGAUAGGAAACGAACGCUGUCCGGGCACCCUGUCGCCCGAUCCACCAACACGGAGGAACCAGCCGCGCGGCGGAGCGCUCGGUUGAACAUGUUCAAGUCGUCAACGAAGGCGAACACAGGAGGAUCGACGACCCUGGGAACAGCGCAAGGCCGCGAACUGAAGAAGGCUAGGCCACCGGUCUCGCGGAUUAUGCGACCGGGCUCCAGUGGUUCCAGCGUCGGCCGAGUUGUUAGCGGUAACCGGAAGCCUCUGGAGGAUCAUGGAGAUGUCGACCAUGGAGAGACAUCGAGAGUCAAAGAGGCCCCCUCGCAACCCGCCGUGGCGAGGCCGCCGGAGCUAGACGCAGCCAAGGUUGAGGAGGCCCUGAAGUGGACGCUGGACCUCGUCAAGAAGCUCGCAAACGGGUACUACACCUUGUCGCGAUUCCAGUGCCAGGAGUCGUUGCAGGCUCUGAGCGCGCUGCCGCCGGCGCAUCAAGCGACGCCUUGGGUGUUGGCCCAAAUGGGCCGAGCCCACUACGAACAAGCUUCGUAUGCGGAAGCCGAGAAGUUUUUCAGGAGACUGCGCGUUCAGGCUCCGUCUCGACUGCAGGACAUGGAGGUGUACUCGACGAUCCUAUGGCACUUGAAGCGGGAGACGGAUCUCUCGUUCCUGGCCCACGAGCUGGUGGACGCAGCCUGGCACUCCCCGCAAGCGUGGUGUGCCUUGGGCAACGCCUGGUCUCUGUCCAGGGACCCUGAGCAGGCCCUCAAAUGCUUCAAGCGGGCCACGCAAUUGGACCCGAACUUUGCAUAUGCAUUCACGCUGCAGGGUCACGAACACGUGAGCAACGAAGAGUACGAGAAGGCUCUGACGGCCUACCGACAAGCUAUCGCGGCGGACAGGCGGCACUACAACGCAUAUUACGGCAUCGGGCGUGUUCAAGAGCGCCUUGGGGCGUAUGACAAGGCGUACGACCACUUUUACGCGGCACAAGUCAUCAACCCGAAUAAUGCAGUCCUGAUUUGCUGCAUGGGCACGGUCUUGGAGAAGCAAAAGCAGAUGGUGCAGGCGCUGAACGCGUACACCAAGGCGGCGGAGCUUGCACCGCGCGCGGCUCAGACGCGGUACAAGAAGGCCAGGGCUCUCCUUACGGUGGGCCAGAUCGAGGCGGCUCAGCGGGAGCUCAUGAUCCUGAAGGAUCUGGCUCCCGAGGAGGCGACGGUGCACUUUCUGUUGGGGACGCUAUACAAGAACACGGGCGAGAAGCAGCUCUCAGUGCGGCACUUCACCAUUGCCCUAUCUCUUGAUCCGAAGGCAGCACCGAAGAUUAAGGAAGCAAUCGAGAGCUUCGAGGACGACAUACCGAUGGACGACUCAUUGAUGGGAUGAGAUGACGAUGGGCAGGCGCUGGGACACAGGCGUCUGGACUGAUUGCCGCGCUUACGGCGCAUACCUCGCACAGCAUUUGCACAUUAAUUGGGGAACGUGACGAGGUUGAAUGAAAGUCAGGUAGCAAGACCUGACGGGCAUGCUGCAUGGCAUCGGCGUUGGCUUGGGAGGCGGACUUGUGCUGCGACGGAUGGGUGGCCCUGGCGGUUGGAAGCGGGGCCUGUGUAUAGGUAGUUGUGUAGAAUACGUCGCAACAAGUGUUCAACCGCCAGCACUUUGGAAUACCAGCUAUUUGUGAUGUGAGAGGCGGUGCCGUUUUGCAAUGGGGACGAAGUGCGUUUUCUUAGGCGGGCAUCUGUUGCGUGGGAUGAUGUACGUAGGUAGCGGUCAAAGCGGUCAAGACACCCUGAACAGG